GUAGUAUAUCCUAAAAAGUUGAGAAGUAACGACCGAAAAAUGAAAGUGUCCAAAUAUUUUUUCCUGCUUGCAUUUCUUGUAAUAUUCCUGAAUAGUAAGACAACAGCUGGCGGUUCCAGAAAUGAUCGGCAAUUGCAUCAAUCUGGUUUUACCACACGUGCUCCUCUAAUUCAUCGUGUGAGAGAAAGAUUAACGUCAAUAUUAAUGCACAACCAUGAAAAUAUAGCUUAUCAUCAUCAGCUAUAUCAUCAACAUCAGCACAAUUACUGGAAUAUUUUGCAUGGACAUUUAUAUACAACUCCAAUGGUCCCAGUAUCUCAAUCAACUGUUACCGCAAUAAGUUUAAAUUCAACCACAACUUUUCCUGAAACAACUUCUUCUAUUUUACCAACUUCCACUGAAUCAACUGAAUCCUCUACAUCAUCUUCAACAACAACUUUGAGCCCUCAAAAAAACUCUCAAGCUGUUACACUUCCUUUUUUCAUCACGACUCCGACUACUGAAGCCAUAAAACAAUCUACAACAUUAGCUACAGAAACAUCGACUAUACAAUCAACUACAAUCGAAUCCACAACAACUAAAACUGAGCCAACAACAACCAAGACUGUCCCAACUAUGUCCAGAACUGAGUCAACAACAUCCAGAACUGAGCAAACAACAUCAAAAACUGUGCCAACUACGUCUAAAACUGAGUCAACAACAUCCAGAACCGAUCCAACAACAACCAGAACUGAGCCAACAACAACCAAGACUGUCCCAACUACGUCCAGAACUGAGUCAACAACAUCCAGAACUGAGCAAACAACAUCAAAAACUGUUCCAACAACAUCCAAAACUGUGCCAACAACAUCCAGAACUGAGCCAACAACAUCUAAAACUGAGCCAACAACAUCUAAAACUGAGCCAACAGCAUCCAGAACUGAGACAACAACAUCCAGAACUGAGUCAACAACAUCCAGAACCGAUCCAACAACAUCCAGAACUGAGCAAACAACAUCAAAAACUGUGCCAACUAUGUCUAAAACUGAGUCAACAACAUCCAGAACCGAUCCAACAACAACCAGAACUGAGCCAACAACAACCAAGACUGUCCCAACUACGUCCAGAACUGAGUCAACAACAUCCAGAACUGAGCAAACAACAUCAAAAACUGUUCCAACAACAUCCAAAACUGUGCCAACAACAUCCAGAACUGAGCCAACAACAUCUAAAACUGAGCCAACAACAUCUAAAACUGAGCCAACAGCAUCCAGAACUGAGACAACAACAUCCAGAACUGAGUCAACAACAUCCAGAACCGAUCCAACAACAUCCAGAACUGAGCCAACAACAACCAAGACUGUCCCAACUACGUCCAGAAAUGAGCCAACAACAUCAAAAACUGUGCCAACUACAUCCAAAACUGAGUCAACAACAUCCACAAUUCAAUCUACAAUCUCGAAAACAACCCCAAAUUCAAUGGAAACAUCACCCACUAUAGCAUCAACAACUACAACGCCGUUGAAAGAUCCUUGUGAUGAUCGUAAAACGCUUUAUGCAAAUGGAGUUGCCCUUAUAAAGUUGUGUUACAUCAAUGAAUCAUUGACAUGGUUUGAAGCAGAAGAAAAGUGUUUAUCACUUAAGUAUCGUUUAUUUGAAAUCAACACAUAUUUUAAGGAAAUAUCCAUGUUUAAUUAUUUUAAAGAUUUUGCAGUCAACAAUGAGUUUCAUUGGGUAAAUGGAAUCGCUGUUUAUACUGCAACAUCCACAGAUUGGUAUGUUGUUGAUCCAAAUCAAGUAUGGAACUAUACAUCUAAUAAUUGGUACGGAUUGGUUAAGGCUCCAGUUCCAGGAUUAUGUUUGGGUAUUAUAUUUGUGUCUGGAGCAGGAAAGUUUACUACAAAGGACUGUGAUGUCUUCCACUCUACUUUUUGUCAACAAGCACAAAACAUUCAAAUAUGUGGCAGCAUCAACGAUUGUUUUGAUGCGAGCAACAAAAAGAGUAAAAUGUUAAUAGCUUAUAACAACAACUCACAAAAUAAUGAUGAUCAACAACAUAUAUCAAGUGAUGGAGAGAAGCUGAAGAGAAGUUUAGUCUCUUUUCAGCCAUCAUCGGAAUCAGAUGAAAAUUUCUCGGAUGAAAGCCAACAUCGACAUAUUUUAAAGAUACAAAUUUCUCCAACGACAGCAGUAGUAAAAGCAAUAGCUGCGACAAGAAAUUCCUCGUCGAGUGAAAUUGUCGACAAUAGCAAAUUGAAUAAAUCAUCGUCAAUAAUUGUGAAUAGUAAUAGUAAUAAUAGUAAGAGUAAGAAAAUGUCGGUAGUGUCAGGCAAGAGAUGUGAAAACGAUUCGAUUUAUAGAAAUGUGACAAUAAUAAGAAAUAGUAACAAUGAUGACAAUGAGUUCGAUGAUGAUCAAUUUGAAAAGGAUGAAUACGAUAUUGAAAAUUUAAGUGAUGAUCAAAAAUUAGUUUUGAAUGGACAUCAUAUAACGGUAAAAUGUGGUAGUGGCAGUGCUAAAAUUAAUAAUAAGUUAAUUAGGAAUAAAACUGAAAUCAUUCAAUUGACGAAUGGACAUAGUGGAAGCGGAAAUAUUAUGAAUAUUGUAAAUAGUAAUAAUUCCAAUGGAAUCAUAUUGAGUAGUGGUCAAUGUUCACCAGAAGAAUGUAUCAGUGUAAAUGGUGAGGAUCAUUUAGAUAGUGGAACAUGUAGUGAUGUGGAAAUUAACGUUGGUUAUGGUUUAAUUACAAAAUCAAUGCCUUCAUCACCGCCACCACUUCCUCCAAAAGGUUUGAAAAAGAUUGCCAAAUUGAGUGAAAGUACAUUCAGUGAUGCAUCAAGUGCAUCCUCAUCGUCUGAUUCUAUGCAAUAUCAACAUCAACAAAUUGAUGAUCAACUCAAAUCACCGGAUCUAAUUCGUUCUAUUGAGAACAGCACUAAAUUAAAUCAAUCAAUAAAAAAUAAAGAAAAUGACAUGAUAAGUGUACUCUUACCGACAUCCUUACUGCAUGACAUUCGAAAUCAUUCAAUGAAAGCAUUUUUACAAUCAAGUUUAAUUCAUGGUGAAGAUGAUGACGAUAGUGAGAAUGAUAUAGUGCUGCAAUAUGAUAGUGGUGAACUUAAUUAUAUUGAUAUUGACUUUUCAAAUGAAAAGAGUGAGGAAGUGAAAGAAGAAAUUGUCAUUAAAGAACAUUUUGUUGAAAAAAGCGAAAAAAGUAAAAAUAAUAAAACAAUUGUGGACUUUUUUGAGGAUGAUAAGUUUUACAAAUUCCAUUUGAAUGAAAAUACAGCAAGUGAGGAUGAUAAAACAGCAGCAACACAUGAAGAAAGUGAUGAAAGUUUUGCAGGAUAUAAAGAUUUAAGAAGUGGAACAUCUACAAUAAGAAGUGCAAAAGGAACAAUUCGUGGAGUAAAGAAUCGAGUCAGAAAUGGAAUUGCAACAUUCCUACAGAUGCAACAGUCAACAAUUAAGAACUUCAAGGAGAAAGACGGUGGAAAGAUUGUGCUGUAUACAACAAGUAUGGGUGUUGUAAGAACAACUUAUGCCAAAUGUCAAGCAAUGAAACAAAUUCUAAGAACAUUGAUGGUCAAAUUUGAGGAACGAGAUGUCUUUAUGUGCUUUAAUCAUCAAAAGGAAAUUCGAGAACGGAUGCAAUCAGAUGACAUUGAUGUUCCACAAUUAUUUGUUGAUGGACACUACAUUGGUAACGCUGAUCAAGUCGAAAGACUCAACGAAACUGGUGAGCUGAGAAUGAUGCUCAAGCCAUUCAAGGUAAUCUCAAGUUACCAAAAUAUAAAUUCAUGGUGCUGACUUCCUCAAACUAAUUUUCAUUUCAUUAUUUCCGUCUUUUUUUCACAGUCCCGAGACUCAUUAGCAUUGUGCAAUACGUGUGGAGGAUAUAAAAUGAUGCCAUGCACAUCAUGUGGCGGUUCCAAAAAAUCCAUACAUCGCAAUCAUUUCACAGCAGAAUUUGUUGCUCUCAAAUGUAUGAACUGCGAUGAAGUUGGCUUAGUCAAAUGCUAUAACUGUGUAUAAAUGCUUCUUAAAGUGUUUUAGAUAAAAGAAAUUUUUCUUUUCUUAAAAGUCAUUAAGAAGAACACAAUGAAGACUGAGGGGAAAUGUUAUAAACUCCAUUAAUACUGAAGAAAGUCAUUAAAGUAAAACGAGCAAAUAAUUGCAAUAACAUGAAAAUUCAAUUUUCGAAAUUUAAUUCAAACAAAUCAUAAUAAAAUAAAUGAUUAGGUAAAAUUUGUAAAGCAAUGUGGUGAGUGAGCUGAUGCUUAAUGUAGUAGUCUAAUUAAAUUUCUUCUCUUUAGUAUUAAUUUUAUUUCGCGUUUUACUUAUUGAAGAAAUCGUUAUAAGAAGAGAAUGAAUGAAGAUUUUUAUUUUUUUGUGUAUGCAUAGCUGUUAUUACUUUUACUGUAAUUGUUAAUAAAGUUAUUUUAUUUAUUGCUUAUUAAGUUG